AUGUCCAGGUUAGAACGCUUGGUUAUCUUGCUCGAAACAGGGUCGACUCCGUUCAUCCGGAACACUGCCGCAGACCAAUUGUCCGACUUGGCUCGAGGUCAUCCCGAAGAAAUCAUCAACCUCUUGGGCCGGGUGUACCCAUACUUGCGCUCCAACAAAUGGGAAACCAGAAUCGCAGCAGCAAGAGCCUUCGGGGGCAUUGUCAACCACGCAGACUUGUGGGACCCCAACGGCAAGGACCACACCAAUGGUCCCGUCAAACAGGAAGAACCAUACAUAAAGACAGAAGACACAAAGGUCAAGCUCGAAGACGAAACCAAAAUCAAAUUGGAGCAGGACGAGGAAUUGAAGAAAUUGGACGACAACUUGCUCAACCUCGUGAGCUUCGAAUCGUUCGACCUAGCAGAACUUUUGAAAAGCGGCAAGCGGUUUCUCGCGUCGAGAUCGGAUGACGACCCUGUUGACUCGGGCUUUGCUGACGACUCUUUGAUGGGCAAGCUCAAAAAGCACAGAACUUCCUUGGGAGCUUCCGAAGUCGACCACCAAGAGGUGAAAUCCGAAUCUCCGCCAUCAUCAAUAUCACCCUCGUCUACUCCUCCCAUCAAAGCUGAACAAUCCCCUCCUCCAUCAAGUGAGAGGCCCUCGGCCCCAAGCAAAAGUGUGUCUAGUGCCAGAUUAAAAGCCAUGCAAAAGAGAAGGGCUAAGGCCAAUGCAAAGUCUGCAGCACACAAAAUUAAACCAAUAGAUAUCUCCCAAAGUUCCAUCUCGAGAAAAUUAGUAGAAGAUGGGGAAGAAUCGGUCCAAUCAGACAGCACCGGUCCACAAUUCGAUGUCACUUCACAACAAGGUGGCGAGAAAUUGGUGGUAGAGACGAAGGCCCCAGAAUUGUCUCCCUUAUUAUCACAACACGCAAAGGUUGCUGGGCUAGUAUGGCAAUUUCAGGGUGUAUACGAGUUGUUGUUAGCCGAUAUUUUUGAUGAUAAAUGGGAAAUCAGACACGGCGCUGCCUUGGGAUUGAGAGAAUUGAUCAAGAAGCAUGGAAAGGGUGUUGGACGAGUAAUGAAAAAGUCUUUAGAGGAAAAUGAUUAUAACAAUGCUGCAACAUUGGAAGACUUGGCAGUACGCUUGUGCACCUUAUUUUCAUUGGACAGAUUCGGUGAUUACGUCUCAGAUACUGUAGUUGCUCCAGUACGAGAAUCUGGAGCACAGACAUUAGCUGCACUUUUUAUCCAUCUUAGUGAUGAUGCAGUCAUCAAAACUUUCAAUUGUUUAUAUGCAAUGGUCUUGCAAGAAAACAUGGUCAUGAAAUGCUGGGAAGCAAAGCAUGGUGGUAUGCUUGGUGUGCGAUACUUUGUCAGUGUGAGGACUGAUGUCUUAUUGGCAAAUCCACACUUGCUUGAUAUGGUAGUGAACAUGGUACUUCAUGGAUUACAAGAAAGUGAUGAUGAUGUACAGUCUGUCGCAGCUUUAAUCUUGGCCCCAAUCGCAAACCAAUUUGUCAGCAUCAAACAAGACUUAAUUCAUACUUUAUUAACUGCAAUCUGGGACUCUUUGGUAAACUUAAGAGAUGAUUUAUCAGCUUCCAUCGGAUCUGUGAUGGACUUAUUGGCCAAAUUGUGCACACAUAAUGAAGUCAUCAAAAUUAUGCAAAAGGAUGCAACGGAAAGUGAAGAAAACACAUUCGAGAAAUUGAUUCCAAGAUUAUAUCCAUUCUUACGACACUCAAUCACAAAUGUUAGAAAGGCGGUUUUAAGAACCAUUAUAGAAUUUUUGAGUAUUAAAGACUCAAAUACAAAAGGAUGGAUAGAUUCGAAGACAAUGAGAUUGAUUUUCCAAAAUUUGUUGGUUGAACAAAACCCUGAAGUAUUGCUGUUGUCCGCAAAAGUUUACGACUCAUUACUUGAGGAAAUUCAAAAGCAUCAAGAUGUACUUCCAUCGGUAGAUGUUAUUUUCAGUGAAAACUUUCAACCAUUGUUGACAUUGUUGAUGACACCAAUCGGAAUUUCUAGACAUAACUAUCAAAUGGACACGAACUUAAUCGUGCGUCCAUCCGGUCAUAAUUUGGGAUCCUUGGAUUUGACUGAAGAUGAAAAGAAAGGAAAGAAGAGAAAAGCAUCUGAAACCAUUAAGAAUGACAUUCCUUUUGGUGAUGACCUUAAAGUUAACAUUGAUGCUCCAAUCUUUAAAGGUGAUGUCAUGUUAGUGGGAUAUGAUAAAUUCAUCGCCACAAGAAGUGCAGCUGCACAUGCCAUUGGGAACACACUUUCUUUUGUUGACAACGAAGAGAUCCUUAAACAAGUGUUUGAAAUCAUUCUAAACUACUUGAACUCUCCUCACGCUACACCAAGACUAUUCUCUGCUUUGGUGAUAGAGGAGUAUGCAACUGCAUUAAAGAAUAGAGGUUCGCAACCAUCUGCGAUUGCGAUAAGCCUAUUUGGUGAACAUAUGUUAAACUUGCUUCAGUCACCAGAGUCUAUUCCAAACUUCCGUGAAUUAGUUCCUACCUUAAAAUCGGUUAGAACGUCGUGCUUGCAACUUUUUGAUGUCUUCGUGACCACUGCUAAACUUCCUCCAGCAAAGAUCCCUCAACUACCAGUUGUGGUCCAAGGUGAGGCAGAAGCCGGCCCAGGAGCUUUUAAUCUUGAAAAUGCGGAGUCUAUCAUCACCGAGACGUUUGUUAAGUUGAAGAAAAACUUAUCAGCAACUUAUCGUAUGUCUGCCAAUCAGGCUCUAGAAGAUAGCAAGCAUAGGAUUCAGGUAGCUAUAGAUGAAGCUAAGUCUAUCAGAACCCAUCGGGUCACUGGAAUUCUUGCUGCUUAUGCUGGUUCUAUUUUAGCAUUAACUGGCGUUCCCAAGAAACUUAAUCCAAUUAUCAGAACCCUUAUGGAUAGUGUGAAGCAAGAGGAAACUUUGAUUUUACAAGAAAAGUCAGCCAAAUCAGUUGCAUGUCUUAUUGAACAAUUGUGUUCCAUUGGCAAGAAAGGUGCAGCUGACAAAAUCGUUAAGAAUUUGUGUGCCUUCUUAUGUGUUGACACCUCAGAAGUUCCGGAGUUUCAUCAUAACGUCAAAUUCAAGGACAUUAUUUUGUCCUUGAGAAAAGAGGAGGCCAAGACUGACCCUGCUGACAUUGCUGCUCAUGAACGUGCUGUUCAUGAUGCCAAGAUUAAGCGUAAUGGUGCCAUUCUUUCACUUGAAGCAUUGCUCGAUAUAUAUGGGGAGAAAUUAUUUGAAGAAGUUCCCAAAUUGAAGGAAAUAAUGAUAGAGCCAUUGAAUUCGUUCGACCAGACUUCUGAAACUCCUGAUGAUCUCAAGGGACAAAGCAUUAUUGAUGCCUUAGGAGUUCUCAGAGCCCUUUUACCCAAAAUGCAUAAGUCGCUUUGUUCAGAAAUUACUGAUAAGCUUAGUUUGUUCUUCCCUGGUUUAAGCUCUGAUUACUCGGUAUUCCGUUAUUCAACUGCCAAGUGUCUCGCUACUAUUUGUUCGGUUGCUCCCACCAAAGCAUUUACAUUUUUGAUUAAGACAGUUUUACCUAUGUUGAACAAUGCAGGUCAAAUCAAGGAGAGACAAGGUGCUAUUGAAACAAUUUAUCAUAUUUCCACAACCAUGGGGUCAGAUAUUUUGCCUUACAUCGUCUUUUUAAUUGUUCCAGUAUUGGGUAGGAUGAGUGAUUCUGAUCAGGAUGUCCGUGUUUUGGCAACUACUACAUUUGCUGCCAUUAUUAAAUUGGUCCCAUUGGAAGCAGGAAUUCCUGAUCCUGAUGACAUGCCUCAGGAGUUGUUGGAAGGUAGAGAUAGAGAGAGAGAUUUUAUCCAACAAAUGAUGGACCCAACAAAGAUCAAGCCUUUUGAUUUACCAGUUUCUAUCAAAGCAACUUUAAGAAAGUAUCAACAAGAAGGUGUAAACUGGUUGGCAUUCUUGAAUAAGUACCACUUGCAUGGUAUUCUUUGUGAUGAUAUGGGUCUCGGUAAGACUUUGCAAACUAUUUGCAUAGUUUCAUCAGAUCAUUACAUCAGAGAAGAAAAAUUCAAAGAAACGCAAGCCCCUGAGUUCAGAAAAUUACCUUCCUUGAUCAUCUGUCCUCCAUCUUUAACGGGUCAUUGGGAACAAGAACUCAAUCAAUAUGCUCCAUUUUUGAAAGUGUUGGUUUAUGCCGGAGGACCUAGCGUUAGGGCUCCUCUUAGAGCACAAAUUCCACAGGCUGAUGUCGUUGUGACUUCAUACGAUGUCGCACGUAAUGAUGUUGACCAUGUUACCCUUCAUGAUUACAACUACUGUGUUCUUGAUGAAGGUCAUAUCAUCAAGAAUGCAGCUUCCAAACUCACCAAGUCAGUAAAGAGGGUGAGAGCCGAGCACAGAUUAAUUUUAUCUGGAACUCCAAUUCAAAACAACGUCUUGGAAUUAUGGUCAUUAUUUGACUUUUUGAUGCCAGGAUUUUUGGGUACCGAGAAGAUAUUCCACGAAAAAUUUGCCAAACCAAUUGCUGCUAGUAGAAAUAGCAAAACCUCAUCUAAAGAGCAAGAAGCGGGGGCAUUGGCAUUGGAAUCAUUGCAUAAACAAGUUUUACCGUUCAUGUUGCGUCGUCUUAAGGAAGACGUCUUGUCUGAUUUACCACCUAAGAUUAUUCAAGAUUAUUAUUGUGAACUAAGUGAUUUACAAAAAGAAUUGUACAAAGAUUUCGCAAAAAAGCAGAAGUCUACUGUAUUGGAAGAAGUUGGAAAACCUGACUCUGGAUCUGGUGCUGAAGCAAAAACUCACGUUUUCCAAGCUUUACAAUACAUGAGGAAAUUGUGCAAUCAUCCUGCAUUGGUCUUAUCUCCAGAUCAUCCAAAAUUUGCAGAAGUUACUAACUACUUGCAAACACGCCGGUCCGAUAUUAGAAGCAUUGAACAUGCUCCAAAACUUUUAUCUUUGAAAACCUUAUUGCUAGAAUGUGGUAUUGGUGUUAACGACAGCUCAUAUUCUUCAGCCAAAUUCCAACAGAAGCAGAAGCAACAGAUGAUAACCACAGAAGGGGUUAUUUCUGAGCAUCGUGCACUUAUUUUCUGUCAACUCAAAGACAUGUUGGAUAUUGUUGAAAACGAGCUCUUGAGAAAGCAUCUUCCAUCGGUCACAUUCAUGAGACUAGAUGGUAGUACUGAUCCUAGAGAAAGACAAUCGAUUGUCAGAAAAUUCAAUGAGGAUCCUUCUAUCGAUGUUCUUCUCUUGACCACCAAAGUUGGAGGAUUGGGGCUCAACUUAACUGGAGCUGACACUGUCAUUUUCGUCGAGCACGACUGGAACCCGAUGAACGAUUUGCAGGCGAUGGACAGAGCGCACAGAUUGGGCCAGAAGAAGGUGGUGAAUGUUUACAGAUUGAUCACCAAGAACACCUUGGAAGAAAAGAUCAUGGGUCUUCAGAAGUUCAAGAUGAACAUCGCCUCCACUAUUGUCAACCAGCAGAAUGCCGGCUUGAACUCCAUGGACACCAAUCAAUUGCUCGACUUGUUCGAUGUCGACGAAUCGGCUACAAAAUUGUCGGAGGCCCCCGAGGCCGAGCGAGAGAACAACAUGCCAGAUGACGUUGCUGGAGGCCUUACUGGUAAGGCAGCAGGAGCAGUUGGAGAGUUGGCCGACUUGUGGGACGAGUCGCAGUACGAGGAGGAGUACAAUCUCGACAACUUCAUCAAAACGCUCAAGUAG